CAGCCUCUGAGGACCGGUCUCUGGCGAGGACUGCCCUCUGCAGCAGCCGGCAGGUCCUGCUGAUGCUGUCCAGGCGUCGCCCAAGGGGAAAGGUUGCCGCGCGGUCGCCAGGGGCGGGAGGAGUCUGGCGGUGAUUGAUGGGGAAGGGACGAAUGAAUAAAAGUACUUGUCUAGGGACAGCAAGGAUUCCGAGCAAGCUGCGGAGGCUACACGGCCAGGCAUUCCCUCAGUGUGUCGUCAGAACGAGACCCGCCUGCAGCUCAAGGGAGGCGUGUUCGGCUCCCGGGCAGCCUGGAACCCAGCUACCAGAAGAGCGCGUCCUGCGAAGGAGGUCCCCGCCUGUCGCUCUGCGUCUGGGGUGUCCGGUCCUCGAGACUCUGAAAGCUGAGAAGCAGCCACCAACGUCCACCGGAGCAGGCAGCAACAUGCAGCCGCUGCGCAGCCUAUGCGGACGCGCCCUGGUGGCGCUGAUCCUUGCCUGUGGCGUGGCCGGGGUCCAGUCUGAGGAGAGGGGAUUCCCGCCGGCCGGGGCCACUCCACCAGCCCAGAGGACCGGAGAGAUAGUGGCGCCCCCUACUAAGACCUUCUGGCCCAGGGGGUCCAACGCCAGCCUGCCGCGGUCGUCCUCCCCUCCGCAGAUGCCUAAAGGAGGGAGGAUGGCGGGACCCCCAGCACGCACGCUCACCCCUCCUCCGUGCGAGGGACCCAUCGAGAUCAAGGACACUUUCAAGUACAUCAACACUGUGGUGUCCUGCCUAGUGUUCGUGCUGGGCAUCAUCGGAAACUCCACACUGCUGCGAAUCAUUUACAAGAACAAGUGCAUGCGAAACGGCCCUAACAUCUUGAUAGCCAGCCUGGCUCUGGGAGACCUGCUUCACAUCAUCAUUGAUAUCCCCAUCAACGUCUACAAGCUGCUCGCCGAGGACUGGCCCUUUGGAGUUGAGAUGUGUAAGCUGGUGCCUUUCAUACAGAAGGCCUCCGUGGGAAUCACUGUGCUGAGUCUAUGUGCUCUCAGUAUUGACAGAUAUCGAGCCGUUGCUUCUUGGAGUCGAAUUAAAGGAAUCGGGGUUCCAAAAUGGACAGCAGUGGAAAUUGUUUUAAUUUGGGUGGUCUCCGUGGUCCUGGCCGUCCCGGAAGCCUUAGGUUUUGACAUGAUUACCACUGACUAUAAAGGAAAUCGUCUGCGAAUCUGCUUGCUCCAUCCUACUCAGAAAACAGCCUUCAUGCAGUUUUACAAGACAGCUAAAGAUUGGUGGCUAUUCAGUUUCUAUUUCUGCUUGCCACUAGCCAUCACUGCAUUUUUUUAUACCCUGAUGACCUGUGAAAUGCUGAGAAAGAAGAGUGGCAUGCAGAUUGCUUUAAAUGAUCACUUAAAGCAGAGACGGGAAGUGGCCAAAACCGUAUUUUGUCUGGUCCUUGUCUUUGCCCUGUGUUGGCUUCCCCUUCAUCUCAGCAGGAUUUUGAAGCUCACUCUGUAUGAUCAAAAUGAUUCGAAUAGAUGUGAACUUUUGAGCUUUUUGUUGGUAUUGGAUUACAUUGGCAUCAACAUGGCCUCCCUGAAUUCCUGUAUUAAUCCAAUAGCUCUGUAUUUGGUGAGCAAAAGAUUCAAAAACUGCUUUAAGUCAUGCUUAUGCUGCUGGUGCCAGUCAUUUGAAGAAAAACAGUCCUUGGAGGAAAAGCAGUCAUGCUUAAAGUUCAAAGCUAAUGAUCACGGAUAUGACAACUUCCGUUCCAGUAAUAAAUACAGCUCAUCUUGAAAGGAGGAAUAUUCAUUUUCUUUCUUUUGGACAGAAAUCAUUAAAACAAGGAGACAUUUGUCAAAACAACACAAAACAACUGUGUGUUUGCACAAAACAAUGUAAAAAUGUAAGCGUGAAUAUUUUCUUAACGCUCGGAGUUACGCAUGUGACAAGUUACGAGCUGUUUACUGCAUAAGCAGAAAAGCAGUGAGAAUUAAGAAAGCCUCAUUGUGAAAGCACUUAAUUCUUUACAGUCAGCACUUCAGUGUAGCUUUCAGAACUUCCAGUAUAUUCAGAACCACUUACAUUUAAACUGAGCUCACUCGGAAUUCCUAUGAAAGAUUUUUUUUAAUUAAGGUGAAUCAGAUAUGAUAUAGAGGAAAAAUGGGUCACUG